UGUUCUAGAUGCAUUUGUAUAAUUUAUCUCAAUUGGAGUAAAAGUAAUUGUCUCUGGACUCCCUUGAAAAUUACGUCUAAUGCAGACCUCCUAAUACUGUUCCAAUAAUUUAUCAAAUUGUUAAGUGGUAUGUCUGCAAUAUUUCCAUCUUUAUUGACACUUUAUAGCAGAUAAUUUAGUGUGUAUUUUUGUCAACUAAGCUUCACUAGCACUUGAAAACUGUUCAUUGGCCUAUUAGAAUUCACAGGUUAGAAUAUUUUAAUGUGCAUUGUCUUUUGCAAAUUAGUUGUGAUAAUGUAACUUGAAGACAUUCAGAUAAUCAUAAUCAUGUUCUUAUGAGAUAAUCAUGUUCUUGAAGACAUUCAGCAUAAUUAAUGAUAUUUUUUUAUAGUUUCAUGAUGGAUUUAGAAGUCAUCAAGGUUCUUUUGCGUUAUCCUAAAGAAUCUAGUCGGUACAAAGCCGGUGUAGAAGGAUUUCUUGAGUUUGCAUUUAAAGAUAAGUCAGCAGAUACCAAGGUUUAUUGCCCAUGUCAUAUAUGUGUGCAUACUACUCUACUAUCGAGGGAUGAAAUCUAUGAUCAUUUGGUAUGCAAUGGGAUACUUGAGAAUUAUGACGAAUGGGAUUUUCACGGUGAGCCUUCAGUGCAGCACACUGUUGAUCAGCAACCACAGUCUCAGAAUGAAGAAAGGCAUGCUAACAUGCAGCAAUUGAUUAAUGAUGCAUUUGGACAUAUGUAUGAUGACAUACCUAUGAUUGAUGGCUCGGAUUUUUCGAAUCCACCUAUUGAUGGGCCAAAUGCAGAAGCACAAGAAUUUUAUAAAUUGAUUAAAGAUUCAGAGAAGCCUUUAUGGCCAGGAUGUGAAUUAUCACAGCUAACUUUACUUGUGCUUUUGUUUAAUAUAAAAUCCAUGAACAAAUGGUCAGAUAAAUCAUUUGGUGAUCUACUUGACAUUCUUCAUAUGGCAAUUCCAAAUGGAAAUGAAUUGCCCAAAAAAUUUUAUGAUGCAAAGAAAGUUAUCUCAAAAUUUGGACUUGGCUAUGAAAAAAUUCAUGCAUGCCCAAAUAACUGUCAGCUAUAUUGGAAACACAAGAUAGAUGAUGAUUUUUGCUCAACCUGUAAGGCUUCUAGGUGGAAAGAUAAGGAACCUGAAACCAAAUUAACAAAGAAGCAAAGAAGGAAAGCAACGCCUAGCAAAGUAUUACGAUACUUUCCUGUUAAAGAGAGGCUGAAAAGAUUAUUUAUGUGUAGAGAAACAGCACCUCUCCUGCGAUGGCAUGAUGAAGAGCGCAUCAAGGAUGGUGCUCUACGACAUCCAGCUGAUUCCCCAGUAUGGAAGAGCUUCAAUGAAAGUUUCCCACACAUCGCAUCCGAUUCUCGUAAUAUUCGAUUUGGCUUGGCUACCGAUGGGUUUAAUCCGUAUGGGAUGUUGAGCUCUAAAUACAGUUGUUGGCCAGUUGUUUUGGUAAUAUAUAACCUACCUCCAUGGUUUUGCAUGAAAGAACAUUAUCUUAUGUUGUCAUUAAUAAUUCCUAGGCCUAGAAGUCCUGGAGAUAGAAUUCAUGUGUUCCUCCAACCACUUUUGGAGGACCUAAAAGAUUUAUUUCUGAAUGGCAUUUCCACAUAUGAUGCAUCAAGAAAUGAAACUUUUAAUUUGCGAGCAGUUGUGCUAAUGACCAUAAAUGACUUACCAGCCUUGGGAAUGCUUGCUUCUCAUAUGGUGCAUGAAGAAUUUGCAUGUCCACCUUGUGGUGAAAAUGCAUGGACCAAACGUCUCAAGCAUGGGUAUAAAUCUUGUUUUAUGGGUCAUCGUCGAUUUCUGCCUCCGGAUCAUAAAUUUCGUUUUGAUAGAAAUUCUUUUGAUGGAACCACGGAGCCUAGAACAGAACCUAUAACCUAUUACAAGCGUCCAAUUUUGGAUGAGAUCAUUGCUCUUGGUGAUUUUAAAAAGUCAAAAACUUAUAAGGCAGUAAGUAGUCUUUUCACAUUGACUUAUUGGGAUAAUAAUCUUCUUCGAUAUAAUCUCGAUGUGAUGCAUAUAGAGAAGAACGUGUGUGAAAAUAUUUAUGGUACACUGUUAGAUUUAGAUGGAAAGUCAAAAUAUAAUCUCCAAGCUCGUCUAGAUCUCAAAGAAAUGAACAUCAGAGAGGAUCUCCAUCCGCAACAAAGAGCUUCAAGCAAGUUGUACUUGCCACCUGCAAGAUUUACUAUGUCUAAAAGUGAGAAACAAUUAUUCUGUAAAGUCCUUAAAGACAUAAAAGUUCCUGAUGGCUAUUCGGGAAAUAUAUCAAAAUCGGUAAAUUGUGCGGAAGGAAAAAUUCAUGGUCUCAAAACACAUGACUGCCAUGUCCUAAUGCAACAACUCGUGCCUAUUGCUUUGAGGGGUGUUCUUCCAGAUGAUAUCACAGCAAUACUAUUUGAGUUAUCUUCUUAUUUUCAAGGAAUAUGUUCAAAAGUGCUUCAUGUUGAUGAACUUGACCGUUUGGAACAAUCAAUUAGAAUUACACUGUGCAAAAUGGAGAUGAUAUUUCCUCCUGGGUUUUUCACGGUUAUGGUUCACUUAGUAGUCCAUUUAGCAACUGAAUGUAAGAUUGCUGGACCAGUUUGCUAUAGAUGGAUGUACUUUAUUGAAAGGUACCUGGGUAAAUUGAAGUCGUAUGUUCGCAACAAAGCUCAUCCGGAGGGUUCAAUGGCAAAUUCAUUUUUGGCAGAUGAGGUUAUGGUGUUUUGUUCCAGGUAUCUAGAAGGUUUCUCCACGAAGCAUAAUCAAGCAUCAAGGAAUGAUGAGAAUAGGAAUAAUCUUGAACCGAAUUUAUAUGGACAUGAAUCCUAUUUGUUUCCUCCAAUAGGAAAACCAUUGGGAAAACCAUCUAGUUUCACUUUAACUGAUUUAGAGAAAUUGCAAGCCCAUAGAUAUGUGCUAUACAACUGUGAAGCUGUCAUUCCAUAUUUCAAAGAGCAUGCUGCUGAUCUCAAAAGGAGAAACCGUAACCAUCGCCUAACUCUAAAAACGAUUGAGCAAAUACAGAAUAAAAUUUUUCCUGAUUGGUUCAGAGAACUCAUCAUGCAGUUGGAGCAACAAAAUGGUAGCGAUAGCAUCGAUGAAGAGAUUAGAUGGUUGGCCCGGGGUCCAAUUGAUGCAGCUAGAAGACAUAGAGCCUUUAAUAUUCAUGGAUACAGAUUUAGAGCUAAGCGUUAUGAUAAGGUUACUCAAAACAGUGGAGUUAUUGUGACUGCAAAAACAUCAAGCUAUGCUUCAGCAGGUGAUACUAACCCUAUCUUUGGAGAUGUCAUGUACUAUGGAAGGAUACUUGAUAUAAUUGAGUUAGACUAUUAUGGAAAGUUUUCGGUGGUGUUGUUUAAAUGUGAAUGGGUUGAUGUCACUCCAGGAAAGGGAGUGGAAAUAGAUAAAUAUGGUUGUACACUUGUGAAUUUCUCACAUCAAAUUCACAUUGGUGAUAAGAUUGAGCACGAACCUUUUGUAUUUGCUAAUCAAGUUGACCAAGUGUUCUAUGUCGAAGACCAUAUAAACCCAGGAUGGUCAAUUGUGAUGAAGAUGAAGCCGAGGGAUGUAUUUGAAAUGGGAGAAGAAUGGAAUGAUGUAGAAAGUGAACCUUAUCAUGUCAGUACUCUUAGGGAUCUUUUUGAUAAUGCCCGUGACAGUCAUACAUGGAUUAGAAGAGAUAUAAAUGGAACAACUGUUGAUCCUAGAUCAAGUUCCAAUCAAGAAACAUAGUAACUCACCAAAAGGUCCUGGCUGGGCAACCAAUCGUCGCUGCAUCGCAUGAACCAUUUCCUUCAGUUUGCCAAGUGGUCGUUUUGUAUAGUCUUCUGGGUGUUUAGUUUGUGAUAUGAUCUGGAGCAUGUGUUUCGCAGUCUUCAAUAAGCGUGCUGUGUGAAAAGUUUGGAGGGUGUGACCGUGAGGCAUACUCUCAAGCUUUAUUUAGGUGUAUUAAAAUUCCUGCUAUAUUGUGUAAGCAUGGUUGCACUAUUAAUGACCUGUAAUUUUCAUUUUAUCUCUUGUUAAACAGCAUUUAAUUUCAUCUUGAAUUAAGUGUUUUUUGUUG